CAAAUCUCAAAAGAAUCCAACCUGAACCCAAGAUAUUGAAUUGAUUACUGGCUUGAUUACCCUCCUCCUGUUCAUUCCCGAUUACUGCUCGCCAUCCGAUUGAGUGAAAAAUAAACUAAACAAUAGAAUACAACUAGAUAUACACACACGAACAUGCCCGGUUUAAGUUUUGAUAACUACCAAAGAAACCAUUUUUUGACCACCAAGGGAUUUGGUGCCCCCACCGCUACUUCCACCGGUACUACCAUUGUGGGAUGUAAGUUCAAAGGAGGGGUUGUCAUUGCCGCCGACACAAGAGCCACUGCUGGCCCCAUUGUGGCCGACAAGAACUGUGAAAAGCUUCAUAGACUCGCCCCCAAGAUCUGGUGUGCUGGUGCAGGUACCGCCGCUGAUACAGAAAUGGUCACACAACUCAUAGCGUCCAAUUUGGAACUUCAUUCUCUUUCGCAGAACCGUCAACCAAGAGUCAUCACCGCCUUGACCUUGUUGAAGCAACACUUGUUCAAAUAUCAAGGACAUUUGGGUGCAUACCUUAUUGUUGCUGGUACUGACCCCACUGGAGCCCAUCUUUUGUCUGUGCAAGCACAUGGUUCCACCGACAUUGGCCAAUACCAAUCGUUGGGUUCUGGUUCUCUUGCAGCCAUGGCUGUGUUGGAAAGUCAUUGGGUGCCUGACAUGACCAAGGAGGAAGCCAUGAAGCUUUGUGCUGAUGCCAUUGAACUGGGUAUUUGGAACGAUUUAGGAUCUGGUUCCAAUGUUGACUUGUGUGUCAUGGAAGUUGGUAAGGAUGCUGAAUUAUACAGAAACUACUUGACUCCUAACGUGAGAGCUGAAAAGGCUAGAUCUUAUAAGUUUGCCAGAGGAACCACUGGGGUUUUACGUGAAAGUGUACGUGAUAUAUUGCAUGUCGAAGAAACAGUGAUAACUUUUGCUGAUCAAAUGGAAGUUGAUGCUUAGAACGAAUGA